AUGUCGCUCUCCUGCCAACGCGUUUUCAGGCGAUGCGCCACCGCCCAGUCGCCCGUCGUCCGCGCUUCUCUCUCAUCCACCCAGACCAACCACUUCCUCUCAAGGAGAUGGCAGUCCACCGAGGCCGCCGCUGCUCCUACCAACCCCAAGAUUUCUGCCAUCGUUGACCAAAUCGGCCAAUUGACCCUCCUCGAGACUGCCGACCUUGUUUCCUCGCUCAAGACCCGCCUGAACAUUCCCGACCUGCCCGUUGGUGGUUUCGCUGCCGGUGCCGCCCCCGCCGCUGCCCCUGCUGCCGCCGAAGAGGAGGAGGCCGCUCCCGCCGCACAAGAAAAGACUCUGUUCAACCUCAAGCUCCAGUCGUUCGACGCUGGAUCCAAGCCCAAGGUCAUCAAGGAGAUCAAGAGUUUGUUGGGUCUGUCUCUGGUCGACAGCAAGAAGUUUGUCGAGAGUGCACCCAAGCUCAUGAAGGAGGGUGUGCCCAAGGAGGAGGGUGAGAAGAUUGUCGAGACGCUCAAGGCCCUUGGUGCCGUUGUCGUCAUGGAGUAG